CUAUAGUGGGCGYGGCUAUCUCUGGGUGGCUAUGGCGUUGCAUGGGUAUAGACCCAGCUAUUGGUACCACCAGAUUCGAUGGAAGSCUAUGUCCGGGGAGGGGCCCUGGAUCACGRCUAUACUCAAUUAUGAUGGGAGUGACGAGCUGAGMCUGAGGAUCAAUGUGGAGGRAGGAAAAGAGGAGGAGAUGCGGACUGAUGGAAGGCUGCARGACGCUAUCACGGAGACGAAAGACCRUGUGGAGAGGCGCUGCAGAASAGAUGGGRUGACGGYGAAAAUGCAGGUAACRGUCUCAUAUCAUGAGACCGAGACCUCGAUGGACAYGGCGGACUGGGAGCWGGCCCACCUGGAACGAGACUYAGGUGGGGAGAGCGAGAUGAGCGAGGCGGAGGACCGGGAGACGGACCUCAGGUCCUGGAUCAGACCAGGCGAGAUCCAGAGGCAUCACCGGGCUGCAAAGCCGGUGGAAGAGGGACCUGAGGCCAGCUCACGACAGCUGACGCCCAGAGGCCGUGGGACCGGAGAAAAGCAGAGCAAGGGGAAGAAACGUGUGUGAAGCGAGAGAGAAUCGACACGCGAGGCAAGAAGGCCAACAGCGGAGAGGCUGAGGCAAGGACGUGGGGCACGCGAUUCCUUUUUUUUGACAGGUGUCGUGCGAAAAAGAGACAGAAGGUCAACGCGUAAAGGGAGAGAGAAAAGGUUGUCGUCAGCACUGCAGGCGAUGUACAAGAAUGAGGAGUGUGGGCAGUUGGACACGUGUGUGGACUGCACGUGGUAAGGCCAGGAGAACUAGAGGGCUGUUAACGAAGAAGAGGGACGGUGUAUGAGCGGGAACGGGACAAGCUUGCGGUGUACGACUGAUGCCAACUUUUCUUUUUUUUGUGCACGGACUUGCACGACAUCCCGUUUAGACCCCGCGAAACUG